UGUUUACAGUCUGUUUACUUACCCUGCAAAACACCCGGGUUACACAGAGUUGUAUAAUCUCUGAGGCAGAGUUGUCCCAUCUCAGCUCCUGUAUUUGUCCGUGUAAACGUGCAGAGGAGCGUGUGUAUUUUUAGUGUCGUCGUUUAUAAUGUCAGAGGUUGGUAGAUUCAUGUCGUUUACAGGACAUCUGCGUCUCUUGUGAAUCGCAGGACAUGCUUAUGUUCAGGUUUGGUGUCAUCCUGACACCGUCUUGUUUAGAUAUGGAGGUGUUUGUGUUGGGCUCUCGGCCGGAGAUGGGACACUGGGAUCCGAACCGAGCCGUAAAGAUGAAAGCUAGCCGCGCGGUUCUGUCAACCUGUGAGCCGUGCCUAUGGGUCGGACAAGUACCUCUGUCUGAACCGUACACAGAUCCACUGUGGUUUAAGUUUAUAAAGCGGGUCGCUGGUAACUACAUUUGGGAAGGCAAUGGGCCGCAUCACGACAGAUACUGCGUGUAUGACGACAGUAACAUGGUGGACGGUGUGUACUGCCACCCGAUCGGUCACUGGAUUGAGGAGACCGGCCAUACAGAUGAGAUGAAACACACCACCAACUUUUACUUCAGUGUAGCGGGACAGCAGGCAAUCCACUUCUCUCAGGUUCUACCUCGGGUCUGGUUGGGCAGCUGCCCUCGUCGAGUUGAACAUGUGACUCUGAAGCUGAAAGAGGAACUGGGCGUUACUGCGGUGAUGAACUUUCAGACAGAAUGGGAUGUCAUAAACAACUCGUAUGGCUGCCGUCGUGACCUCGGUCAACCUAUGACCCCAGAAACUAUGAUGUAUCUGUACAAUGACUGUGGCCUUGCUUACAUCUGGAUCCCAACCCCAGACAUGAGCACAGAGGGUCGUGCACGGAUGUUACCUCAGGCGGUUUAUCUGCUGUAUGGACUGUUGGAGAAUGGUCAUACUGUGUAUGUUCACUGUAACGCAGGAGUCGGACGCUCUACUGCUGUGGUGUGUGGUCUUCUUAUGUACGUUUUGGGCUGGAAACUCAGAAAGGUGCAGUAUUACCUUACAGCCAAAAGGGCGGCAGUCUAUAUUGACGAAGAAGCACUCGUGCGAGCUAAAGAUGACUUUCUGAAGAAGUUUGGGCGACUUCGUCCAUCUGUCUGCUGCCCACAGACAUGAGGGUCAACAGUGUCCUCUGAUCUGGGUCGGAUGACAAUAUUCAGAGCUAAAUAAAAUGUUAUUUUUGUAAUAUGGGAGGGAAAAGUUAUCAUGGUUUAGCAACUUUUCAAUUACGAGUGGGAUGAUUUGGUAUUUGAGUUGACAGAAAGGCAAAUAGUUUUCUCAUAGUGUUCAUUUAUAUCUGUCUUUACGCUUGCUGUUCAAGUUUGUUGUUUCCUGUGUCUUUUGAUCUUAAGUGUAAUGUAUGCUAAUUUUUUUCUGUCAAAUGCCUGCUACAAUGUUCUUUGUAAAGCGACCUUGAGCUUGUAGAAAGGUGCUAUAAAAUAAAUUCAAACGACUUAUUA